AUGUGUCCCGCCACUCAGGAUGCUCGUUUUAUGAUGAACGUAAGCUCAGCCGAUUUUCGCUCGAAACGAGGAAAGAUGCCUUGUGGACUGAGUCAGCCUGAACGUCGUAUUAAAGCCUUUCGAUUGCAGUACAACGGUAAUCAGCCGUCGUCAACUGGGCAGGUUGAGAGGAUUCAUAGAGCGGCCACCACGAAAACUGGAAGAGAAUUUCCUAAGGUUAAACUACCCCCAACACCGGUAAGUCCCGUUACCUCUCAGCCUGACUUAGGAGCACCACAGGUACUGAGCCAUCACAUUCUCGCCACUUCUAUUCGAGCUUCUUGUUAG